GGAAAACAAGAGAGAGAGGUAACACACUUUCCAACUGCUUCCUUUGCCCAAUUUUCUUUCUUUCUUUCCAUCUCCUCUCGAGUAGGGAGAAGAAAGGAAGAAAAAACACAAGAAGACAGAAAUCACCGGAGAAAAAUUAGUGGGGAAAAGUUUCGCCGGAUCGAAAAUGGACGCGGCAAGAAGGGCAAUGUGCCAGGCCGAUCCGUUCAACCCACUCAUCUCGUCUUCCAUGCAAGCCUCUGGGAUCCUCGUCAUCUCCCAUUUCUUCAACCUCAUCUUGAAACCUCUCGGCCAACCCGGCCCUGUAGCCCAAGUCUUGGCAGGAGUGGUGCUGGGCCCCUCAUUACUCUCCCGGAUAGCACAAGUGAAAGACUUCUUCAUCCAAACCUCGUCGGCCGACUACUACGAGGUCUUCUCCCUCAUCUUCUGCGUCCUCUUCAUGUUCCUUAUCGGCCUCGAGAUGGACGUCUCCUACAUGCGCCGAAACCUAAAAAAAGCCACCACAAUCGCAUACGGCGGCAUCAUCAUCUGCAGCAUCUUCGCCGUCGCCCUCUCCUUCUUCAUCAUCGAAUCCGUCAACGUCACCUCCCACUCUUUCGCCCUCACCAACUUCAUCAUGAUCGUCCUCUCCAACACGGGCGCCCCCGUCGUGGUCCGCCUGGCCGCCGAGCUGAAGUUCGCCACGGCCGAGGUGGGCCGCCUCGCCAUCUCGGCGUCCCUCAUAUGCGAGAUCUCCUGCAUCCUGUGGUUCAGCGUCUUCCUCAUCUUCGUGUCGAAGCACAUGGUCGGGCGAGGGUUCCUGUUCCUCUUCGCCACCGUGGCCCUGGUCGUGAUCAACAAGUACCUCGUCGUGUGGUGCAACAAGCGGAACCAGAACCAAAAGUACGUCACCAACGCCGAGGUCCUGUUGUUCCUGUUCCUGGUCGUCGGGCUGGCCUUCUUGAUCGAGGCGUCGGGUUAUAACUCGACGAUAUCGACGUUCGUGGUCGGGUUGAUGUUCCCCAAGCAAGGCAAGAGCACGAGGACGUUGAUGAGGAAGUUGACCUAUGCGGUUCAUAUCUUUAUCCUGCCGGUCUAUUUUGGGUACAUAGGGUUUCAGUUCAACGUCGCCUACUUGGCUAGCGCCAGAAACGUGAUUGUCGUUGCGCUGGUGAUGUUUCUCAGCACCGGUGGGAAGAUCAUUGGGACGCUAAUGGCGUGUCGGUACCUUAAUAUCCCGACUAGUGAAGGCGUCGUCCUCGCUUUCCUUCUCAACUUGAAAGGCCAUCCCGAGCUUUUGCUCAUUGGCAAGUUGCCGCACCAACUCUUGUCGUCAUGGCACGCGCAAGACAUCUACAGCCUGGUGGCGACGGUGACGGUCCUCAACACCGUGAUCUCGGGACCCGCGGCGGCGUUCGUGCUCCGCAAAGAAGAGCGGUACUUCGCCCACAAGCACACUUCCCUGGAACUGUACGAGCCCGAGAGCGAGCUCCGAAUCCUGGCCUGCGUGUACGGGUCGCGACACAUCUCCGCGAAGAUCGGGCUCAUCUGGGCCCUCAGCGGAUCCUUCACCACGCCCGUCACCGCCUACCUCACGCACCUGGUCGAGCUGCCCAAGCAACGUACUAAAAAAAACCUCAUGUACCACGAGCUCCAGGACGGCGACCAGUUCAGCGACGAGGAAGAGUACGGCGGAAACGAUGUCAUCGAGAUCAAUGACGCCGUCGACACCUUCUCGGCCGACACCAAGUUCCUCCUCCAUCAGGUAAAAAUCGUCUCCGCGUUUGCUGCCAUGUACGAGGAUGUCUGCAACGCGGUCGAAGAUCUCCGGAUCUCGAUAAUCUUCUUGACAUUUCACAAGCACCAGAGGUUGGAUGGGAAGUUGGAGACGGGGAAGCCCGGGAUCCGGACGACGAACCAGAAGGUUCUGCGGCACGCGCAGUGCUCGGUGGGGCUGUUUGUGGACCGAGGUCAGACCGGGUUCCAGCUGCCGUCGCCGGAUCACGUGCAAAACGUGGCGACCUUGUUUUUCGGUGGGCCUGAUGACAGGGAGGCUCUGGCCUGCAGUAGGAGGAUCGCGGCCCACCCGUUCGUCCACGUCACGCUCAUUAGGUUCUUGCAGGCGCCGCCCGAAGGGGAGGAGGUGAAGGGUGAUUUUGAUGGGAAGAGUCAUCGGAGCGAUGAGGUCUUGAUGGAGAUCCCGGACCCUGAGCUGGAAUCAGAGACGGAUAACGCCUGCAUCCACGACUUCUACAACAGGUACGUAGCGUCAGGUAAAGUAGGGUACGAGGAGAUGGAAGUGGGAGACGGGAAGGAGACGGUAGAGGUACUAAAAGAGAUAGGAGGGAUGUAUUCACUAUUCAUAGUAGGGAAAGGAGGGAGGCCUAAUCUGCCCAUGACCAGCGACAUGAGCGACUGGGAGGAAUGCCCGGAGCUUGGAAACGUGGGAGACCUCUUGGCUUCUGCUGAGAUCAACCUUAAUGCUUCAGUCUUAGUGAUUCAACAGUAUCGUCAUUCUCCAUCUGAGCCACGAGACUGACAAGAAUACUAUAGUUUCUUAUCUAGCUUUUCUUCUUCUCCUCCAUCUCUCAUUUGUCUUUAUAUAUAUUCAUCGAUCGCACCAUGAGUAUAUGUAAAUACUUAAGUGCCACACUACUCUAGAGCCAUUAUGAUUGUAUAUAGCCGCAGAUCUGAUUACCAUUCAAGUUUUGUCACAGUUGGUUUAGAGAGAGUUGUAUCAGGAUGACACUUUGGGAAAGUUAAUGAAUUUUGAUGGAUUAGGAUUAUGUGCAGCAUAUAUAUAUAUAUAUAACAUGAGAUAUUGAAAUAUCGUCAAGACUCAAACCGACGAUCACGAAUGUCAAAGUGGAUCGAUGAACUUUAG